GAUUAUGAUGGUCUCGGAUGAUCUCCGGUUGCGCAAUCCUGGACUUCUCUCACUAGAGCUCUGAGACUGAGGCAGUCAGUCCAAAGAAACUUUCAUUACAGCAGCAGGCGAAAUUCGCCCUUCUUCUGUGAAGAUUGAGCUGAACCAAAUAUUGUUAUGUUUUUCACACUAUGUGCUGAACGCCCACAAUGUCAGGAAAUAUUUAAAAACCGUGAUCUUUGGAAGAGCUUUAUCGGUUCCAGUGGAACCUUUAGGACUUACAGUCAUAUCGUUUUACACAAAACGCACAUAGACACAAAUGCAGCAAUAAGAGAAGAUCUUGGGGACCGGUGCAUCACAGACCGCGCUUCGCUACAAUGCCCGUGCAAGCCCCGCAAUGGACCGAGUUUCUGUUGUGUCCCAUCUGCACGCAAACCUUCGAGGAGAGCCACCGCAAGCCCAUCAGCUUGGGCUGCGGCCACACCGUGUGCAAAAUGUGCCUGAACAAACUGCACCGCAAGGCCUGCCCGUUCGACCAGACCACCAUCAGCACGGACAUCGAGCAGCUGCCCGUCAACACAGCGCUGUUGCAGCUCGUCAGCGGUCAGAUUCCCAAACCUCCCCCCCUCACCUUACUGACAGCUGCAGAGGACGUCAAGCACUAUGAGGAGUCUCGCACAUGUGUGGAGGACCUGGCCCUAUAUCUCAAACCCCUGAGCAACACCAGAGGUGCAGGGCUGAAUGGCGCCGCUCAGAGCGUUCUCAGCAGACCCAUGCAGAGGAAGCUGGUGACUCUGGUUCACUGCCAGCUGGUGGAGGAGGAGGGCCGCAUCCGGGCCAUGCGGGCGGCCCGGUCUCUGGGUGAACGUACUGUCACUGAGCUCAUCCUCCAGCACCAGAACCCCCAGCAGCUCUCCUCCAACCUGUGGGCCGCUGUCAGAGCCAGAGGCUGCCAGUUUCUCGGCCCUGCUAUGCAGGAAGAAGCAUUGAAGCUGGUCCUGCUCGCUCUGGAAGAUGGUUCGGCCCUCUCACGAAAGGUUCUGGUCCUGUUUGUGGUCCAGAGACUCGAACCACGUUUUCCUCAGGCCUCAAAAACAAGCAUAGGACACGUGGUGCAACUCCUCUACAGGGCCUCCUGCUUUAAGGUGACCAAACGUGACGAAGAUUCCUCCUUGAUGCAGCUGAAGGAGGAGUUUCGCACAUACGAGGCUCUUCGGAGGGAACACGACUCUCAGAUCGUUCAGAUCGCGAUGGAGGGCGGACUGCGUAUUGCCCCUGACCAGUGGUCAUCUCUACUGUACGGCGACCAGUCGCACAAAUCCCACAUGCAGUCCAUCAUAGACAAGCUGCAGACUCCAGCAUCCUUUGCUCAGAGUGUGCAGGAACUCACCAUCGCCCUUCAGAGAACUGGAGAUCCAGCCAAUCUCAACCGCCUCAGACCCCAUCUGGAGCUGCUGGCCGACAUCGACCCCAGCCCAGAUGCCCCUGCGCCCACAUGGGAGCAGCUAGCCAAAGGGCUGGAAGCGGUGCGGACUGUCGUUCACGGCCUGGUGGAUUUCAUCCAGAACCACAGCAAAAAAGGAGGGGAUCAGCAGCAGCCACCUCAGCACAGCAAAUACAAGACCUAUAUGUGUCGGGACAUGAAACAAAAAGGCGGCUGUCCUCGCGGAGCAAGUUGCACCUUCGCUCACUCUCAGGAAGAGCUUGAAAAGUACCGUAAGAUGAAUAAACGUUUGGGAAUGAGGCGACAGCUCAGUCAGUCCCUGACCCAGCUGAACGAGAUGGACCUCGGCGCCGGUCUGUUGCCUGACGAGGGACUGUCGAUGGAGGGACUCCCACGUAAACACUCCUCCAUCACUAACGUCAUCCUAGCUACAGGACCUGAUUCCAGCUUGGCCCACCUGGUUUCCAGAGGCUCGGACCCAUCAUAUGACCCAACACACAAACCAGGGAAGAUGGACUCUGGGAGCCUCAGUGCACCUGGCUCACCUCCAGACUCAUUGGAAUCCAUCCCAAAACCAGGGAUGCUCAUAAAUUCCCACUCCAGGGUGGCGGGCGAUGGCGCAGUUGGACAGAAGCACAUGCCUGCGGUGCCUAGAGUUCCUCACAUGUACUCACCACACCAGUCUGAACGGUAUUACUCCGACACAAGAGGCCCUCUGCCAGCCCAAUAUGAAUCCUCUCAAUACCCUGCAGGUAAUCCUUACCCUCACCACCAUGUGCACCCACGCUACGCCCGUCACCCCGCUCCAGAUCCAGGCAUGACACCAUAUCUGGACUCCUAUUCCAGCUCCUACACCUCAGAGCGCCAGUGUGCCAACCCCAGCUCCCAUUACAAUUACCCUUCACACCAUGAUGCCCGUCGCCACUCAGCCUACGCCCAUCCCCAGACAUUCCCCCCACGAGAGGAACUGGUGCGAAGGAGUCCGGACGUUCCCCCGCCACUACCUCCCCAAAACGCUUCAUACCUGACAGAACCAGACAACUAUAACCGCUCCAGUCAGAUCAGGAAUUACCCGAGAAAUGCCUACACACGACCUCAGCCCUCCCUAGACUACCUGCACCGCAGAAGACAGGAGAUCAUGGCCCAGCUGGAGGAGAGAAAGGUGGCUUCCCCUUCGCCCUUCAGCUCCUCACACUCAUACGACCCCAGUUACCCUCAGGACAUGAGGGGGCAGAGCCAUUACAUGGAAGACAACUCCCACAAUUUUGGACACUUCCGGGAACCGGACUAUGCUGGCUCAUAUUCGCCUUGGUCAUGUGACACCUUUGGGUCUUAUAUUGGCGGCAAGGAUAUAAAGUCCAAAGAGGGCAUGAACGCCAUGGACACACAAAAUAUAGACAAAGGCAAAAGUCUGAGAGCACACGGCUUGGAGCUUCAGCGCAGAGCGGCAGAUGUCAAAGACGACGACCCCAUCAUUCCCUUUGGCUCUCUGCCGACCGUGUCUCGUUUUGGAGCCAUCUCGCGCACGUCUAAACCGGGCUACCCGCCAAACAGUCCCAUGCCACCCUUGCCAAACUCAGCCAAGCACACCGCUUCAGCUGCUGACUACACCUAUGCGAAUCACAGCGGGUGGAGUGGCGACUCCUACCAGCCACACCAAACGUCUCAGGGGCACUUCAGCGAGCGAUCCAGUUUACCCCCUGCCGUGCAGGCGCGUGAGCAGCUGAGGAUGGAGCUACAGCAGGUCAACCUGCAAAUCAGCCAACAGACGCAGAGCCGCGGCCUGGAGCAGAACCCGAGCUCAGUCAUGUCCCAGCCGUCUCGAGUGGACUGGUCGUCUGGGAAUUUGUCCAGUGAACAGCUGAGUCUCGAGCUGCACCAGGUGGAGAGAGAUAUCGUCAUGAGGAAAGAGAUGGCCAUGGAGAACCACGAUGGCAAGUAUAAGCGGGUCUCAGUCGAAAAUGGACAAGACGAACACACUUUGCAACGAGAUGAACAUCCACUCACUCUUAGUGAGGGUUCAAACGGCUCCAUGGGUUUGGUCCAGGACUGCGGUCUCGUCAGCAGCAGCAUGUCCUCGUUGACCAGCAAGACGUCAUCUCUCAGUUUGUCCUCCGAACAGGUGGCCAGCAGCCCUGAUCUGCCCAAGAACGGAGUCGUCCACUCCUAGCCGGCUCUUUCUACCUCAGAUUCCGCUUCCGCUAUUAUGCCAGGUUAAACCCUCUAGAGCAGGAUGCUCCAUCAUCGCUGUAUUCAUUCGCUUAAUCCUGUGCGCUUAGCUUCCUUCACUGACCCUCAAACACCCAUCAGGCAAAUAUGGGUGGGAUUCACUGUGCAUGUGCCUCAGCAGACUUGCACAAUCAUGCCCUGAUUUAGUUUCUUUUUACAGCAGUAUCUGCUGUCGAGUAUUUUCUUCCUGCUUUUCGUUCACCUCCUUCCUGAGACUAGCUUUUUUUCAUAGCCGCGUAAAUCAGGGUGAAUCCGAAAAAUCCACAGUCUUAAGUGUUUGUCAGGCAACAUAUAAGAUGAUCUCAGUUAUGUUGUUUAACUAUCAUUAAUCCACUAUCUUGGGUUUCAAAAUUGCAUUUUUAUCGUUAUGUGCUACGUUUUCAGUAGUUACGCUCUUCGUUGUGCUUUGUGGCGUUUACACUUCUGUCAGAGUUUACAGUGUUUAAAUUGAUUUUUUUUUUACAAUAACUGCAGGCUUGCUGCAUAUUCAACCAAUUUUGGCGGUUAAAACUGUAUCAUGUUUCAUACAUUAGGCUUCAUUUAGGCUUUUACAGUGUGAUUGCUGCGAUGCACAUUAUUGUCUGUUAUAGAAAUGCUUGUAAACCCCAAUGUUCACUGAUUUGACCUCAAUUGCGCUCAUGCCAACAAACCCAAAAGCCUUUUCCAGUCUUAAUAGGGCCCUUGUAUUGUUUUCAGCAUAUUACACACUACACUGCCUGAGGGAUUUCGAUUGAACCGCCUGUAAUCAUCAUUUUCUGUUGUAAUGUCCUCAGGGAUGCAUUAUUCGGCCUCUAUAUUUUGUGGACGUAAAUAGAAAUAACAAUCCAGGUCACUCUGUUUUUUUCAUAGUGGGUAUAGUUACAUUUUUCCAUCCUGAGGAUGGAAAGAAAGCCGCUACGGUAAUGCAUAAAGAUGCAUUCUGUUGUAAGAGUGCGUAUAUACUACUCUUCACUUUGUCAGUGAAAUUACGAUCUUCAGAUCAAGCCAAGUUUUUGGUUUUUUUCUGUUUUUUUGUAUAUGUGGUGUUUUUCAUCCUGAAAGAUGUGGCGUAUAUUCAAAGCAAAAAGAAAGACUUUGAUGCAGUUUUAGCCGCCUCAAGACUCCCCUUCAUUCUCCGUUUCGUCUUUGAAGUUUAAAGAACGUUGUUUUGAUGGGCCGGUUCGAUCGAAUUCCCCUACAGGCUGGGCUCAAGCAUGUCCUCCUCGACUUCAUUCUAAUACCUGAUCCUAUACUUUGCUUUACUGUCUCAUGUCUUGCAGGAGACUGUUUGGACUGGAAAAGCUUGGAAUCCUUACCUUUUAAAGGAAUAGUUCACCCAAAAAUUUGAACAAAAUCAGAACAGAUUUGGAGAAAUUUAACUUUACAUUACUUGCUCACCAAUGGAUCCUCUGUAGUGAAUGGGUGCCGUCAGAAUGAGUGUCCAAACAGCUGAUAAAAACAUCACAAUAAUCCACACCACUCCAAUCCAUUAAUUGUGAAGCAAAAAGAUGCAUUUUUGUAAUAAACAAAUCCAUCUUUAAGACGUUUUUAACUUCAAACUGUUGCUUCUGGCUAAAAUAUAAGUCCAUAAUAUUGCUUUCUUCAGUGAAAAAAAAGUCAUGUCGUUUGAACCAGAAGAGAAAUACGCACAGAUCAAGCACCAUUUAUAAUUGAAAACAGCACAAAAACAGAAAUGGAUUUUGAUGUGAGAGGACAACAGAGGAUGGACUUUUUCACUGGAGGAAGUGUUAUUAUAGAUUAUGGACUCAUAUUUUGGAUAGAAGCAACAGUUUAAAGUUGAAAAAGAAAAACUGUUAUUGUGAAAAGCUGCUAUGUUUGUGAGAAAUGACAUUCAUUGAUGGACUGGAGUGGUGUGGAUUAUUGGGAUGUUUUUAUCAGCUGUUUGGACUCCCAUCCUGACGGCACCCAUUCACUGCAGAGGAUCCAUUGGUGAACAAGUAAUGUAAUGCUAAAUAUCUCCAAAUCUAUUCAGAUGAAAAACCACAAAGCAUGAAUACUUCCAUGUUUCACUUUAUUUGGAAUUGGUUUUGUUUUCGACCCAACCAAAAAUUGAGUUUGUAGUUACGUCAAUCCCAGUGAUCUUUAGAGUCCCACCACCAGCCAGUUCUGCCAUGUUGUUGUAAAACUUUGCAGAAUCUGCAGACAAUGUUCUGUGCAGAUUUUGGAAGAAAAACUGACAGCAUUAUCAGGCUAGCCAAAAUAAACAAGCAAAGGCGCAAUAUGAGUAUAAUGUGUUGGCAGAUUCUGCACAGACCUUGGCAACUGUUAAAUUUGCCUUAAGUCCACAACAUUAUAUUUCCGUCAACUAAUCCGGAAUCAGUAAUGUAUUAGGUUUAUCAAAACAUUUGCACUGUAAAUCUCAAACUUGCAUCCUUCCAUGUAGUUGCUUCCUUGGUGGUGAGAUCUCAUCACUUACAAAACACUGUCAGCCUCAGUAAUUUAGCUUUAAGUUAGAGGUUAGUUUGUUGUUGUUGUUUUUUUCCUGCUAGCAUAUAAUGGUCUCUUGAGACAUCCUACCACAACCUUAAAAGCACCUAUUUUGGUGGAACUUCUCUUAAGUUGGAGUUGACUUCUAUUGUUUUUAUUAUUUUCGUUAUUACUGUCGCUUUGGUCUGAGCUUUUGACAUUUAAGCAAUCGUAAAGAUUGGAUAUUGCAACUUCGUUUAGGUAACCACUGUGAAGCACAGUGUAGACUUGUAAGGAUAGCACGAAUUUACCCAAAAUUAGUUCGAAAGAAACAGAGAAAAGCAGAAGCUUUUUGUUGUUGUUGUUGGUUCGAUGCAACUAACUGGAUUACGAACGCUUGGUUUAAAAAGGCAAAGGCAUGUUAAAACGUUCUUGUAGGUAUUUUUAGGAUUUAGAAGUCAGGGUAACAUCAUCUUUAUGUUUUCAGUUUAAAGGAACAUCUCUGUCUUUAUCUCAGGGUUGAUUUUAGUGUAUUUGGGUGUAAACAUCAUGUUGCGCGCUCUUAUUUUAUUUUAUUUUUUUCAGGACUGCAAUUGUCACUUAACCAGUUUCGAGACUUAAAGACUUCAAGACUGUGCCUUUUAUGCAAAUGUGCAGUUAUUCACGUGUUUGGUGUUUAGAUGUAGCUGAACCAUCUCGAUUUAUAAUAUUCAACUCUUCUCAGUCUUCUUAAGUCAGCAUUUAUAUUAAAUGAUCUCUAUGAAUCUGCAGGCGUUCAGGCCGCCAAACUGAGUACUGCCUAUCCUUUCUGAGAUAAAGGAAUUUAUUGCCAGGUCAUUUGUUUUUGUGUAUGUUUCAUGCAAGUGAACUUGAGUAUUUAAGCAUGUUUCAUGGUGUGAUGGUGGUCUUUUGAUGUUAGGGUUCUGAAUUGGAACAGGAAAACAAGGACAGUGUGUAUUUUGACGUAAUUUGAUAUCCAUAUUCAGAGAGGAAAGUAUCAAGGCUUAUUUUCCUAUUUAAUGACUUUAUUGGAGGUUUAAUGAUACAGAUAAACAAAACAAGGUUUAUUGAUCUCAUAAAAGCCAUUAAUACAAUCCCUGACAGUUCCUUUGUACCUAACCAAAACGGAUUUUCAGUGUUUCCUUGAAUGAAACGCAGAUUGUAUAAACUUUUGCAGAAGGGCUCAAUUUAUUAUGUAUCUGAAGUCAGCCAUUUGAAAACCAACUGUUUUAAACUAUUGUUGCAAAGCAACAUUUACAUGAUCACCCAUGAGCCAAUGGGAAUCACUAUCGAUUUGAAAAGGGAACCAAAAUGUUUACCCAGGUGAAUCUCAUGAAACUUGUCAAAAAACGGUCACAAUUCACCCCAAAAUAAGUGUAUGCAUUUUGCAUGAAUUGAAUGAAAUUUUUUGCAUUGUGAACAUAAUUAAAAAUAUAUAAAAAAAUUACAAUUAUUGAUACGUCAUUGUAAUAUUUAUAGUACUGCCUUCAUACAAUUUAUUUUUUUAAUUUGAAAAAUAACUUUGUUACUGUAUCACAGUGAUGAGAAUGAAACAAUUAAGCCAAUUUUGCAAAAGAAAGAAAUCUCAAUGCAAAAAAAAAAAAAGUGCUUGAUUUUUAAUGCAAUUUUUUUUUAAUUCUUUCGAUUUUGAGGUGAAAUAUGACUACCUUUUUGUUUUCGUGAGGUUCAUCCACUCAGUGCUGACUUCUUUAAAAAAAAAUAAUAAAAAAAAUAAAACGUAUUUAUGAUUAGUGUCUAAUGAAAAGUCUCGGUUUCCUCACUGGACCUCAUUUUCUUAUUGUGAUUGUUGACUAUGUUCAGGGUUCGUUUUGAAAUACGAAUGUAGUACUAAUUAGUGUCAAAUGUCGUAAACAUGAGUAAUUAGGAAUAAUUGAAAUUUGAAUUUUGACACUUGGUGCCUGAAACAGCCAAGACUGUAGUAUGUUUUCCCACACAGAUAAAUAAUUUAUGGUACAUAUUGUUCCCUGGCCUGGAGGGGAAAGUAUGCGCCGUGCACAUACACACAUAGUAGAUUUACGAGAAGUCAUAAUGUUACUUGAAAACAUAAGGGUUGUGCACAAGUACAGGCUUUAGUGUUUUAGCCUCUAGCUGUAGCGUGUAGUUUUGAAAGGAAUGAUUGUGUGUUUGUGUUCAAGUGUGUCCAAAGAGAGUGCUGUCCACCUCGUUUCUGUAUGUUUGUUCCCACUGUAACUCAUUGCUUGCACUCAUGUAUUGACUAUUUUUCGUGAGAUGGGAUGUUGCAUUGUGGUCUUUUCACCAUGAUUCCUAACAUCGGGAUAUAUAAUUGUUUUUGAUGAUUUCUCCCAUUUUAUCUCAUGAUAGACUGCUUAAAUUAAGGUACAUUUUAACUUCAACCUGAAUAAGAAAGUAAAUGUUUGUAUAUUAUACUCCAUUUAAGGAAUGUUUAGAAUAUUUCUCCAAUGUGGAUGUAGUCGUUAUACCUUUUUUUUCUCUCUCUUUGUACAAGAAUUCACUGUGUGAAAUUUUGGAUUGCAUUUUUGUAUAAUACAAUUGAUUUUCUUCUUUGAGGGGGCAGGGGGUAUUACUAACUGGAUUUUUGAAUUAGAUAUUGAAAAACUUGAAAAAAAAAAUUAUUUAAUAAGAAAUGUAUUUUAUGUGCAGCAGUGAUUCUGGCAUGGAUUAUGAUUAAAUAAUAUUGUACACCA